AUGAGUUCAUUUCAAGAAGGAAAGGACUGCCUUGGGUGGGCAGCAAGAGAUGCUUCUGGAGUUCUAUCACACAUGAGAUUGUUGGAAUCGUGCAAGAAGUUGGCUCCCAUGUCCACCGGUUCAAAAUCGGUGACCCCAUUGGAGUUGGAACAUAUAUUAAUUCAUGCAGAAAUUGUGAUGAAUGUAAUGGAGGACUAG